AUGGAGAAACCAAGCUCUAGACGACCUUCAAGCAGCGUCCUCCCUUACGAAACGCCAAGGCUCCGAGAUCACUACCUCCUCGGCAAGAAGCUAGGCCAGGGCCAAUUCGGGACGACCUAUCUCUGCACGGAGAAAUCCUCCUCCGCCAACUACGCCUGCAAAUCGAUCCCCAAGCGCAAGCUCGUGUGCCGCGAGGACUACGAGGAUGUGUGGCGCGAGAUUCAGAUCAUGCACCACCUCUCCGAGCACCCCAACGUGGUUCGGAUCAAGGGGACCUACGAGGACUCCGUGUUCGUGCACAUUGUCAUGGAGGUCUGCGAAGGCGGGGAGCUUUUCGAUCGGAUCGUUUCCAAAGGGCAUUUCAGCGAGCGUGAGGCUGCGAAGCUGAUUAAGACGAUUCUUGGCGUGGUGGAGGCGUGUCAUUCGCUUGGUGUGAUGCAUAGAGAUCUCAAGCCUGAGAAUUUCUUGUUUGAUAGUCCCAACGAUGAUGCUAAGCUCAAGGCUACCGAUUUUGGCUUGUCUGUCUUCUACAAGCCAGGGCAGUAUCUGUAUGAUGUAGUGGGGAGUCCGUAUUACGUUGCACCCGAGGUUCUUAAAAAAUGUUAUGGACCAGAGAUAGAUGUGUGGAGCGCUGGUGUUAUCCUCUACAUCUUACUAAGUGGUGUUCCUCCUUUCUGGGCAGAAACCGAGUCAGGAAUCUUUAGACAGAUUUUGCAAGGGAAGUUAGAUUUCAAAUCUGACCCGUGGCCCACUAUCUCAGAAGGUGCCAAAGAUUUGAUUUACAAAAUGCUUGACAGGAGCCCCAAGAAACGCAUCUCUGCACAUGAAGCAUUGUGUCACCCGUGGAUCGUUGAUGAGCAGGCUGCACCAGACAAGCCUCUUGAUCCAGCAGUCUUGUCACGACUAAAGCAGUUCUCACAAAUGAACAAGAUUAAGAAAAUGGCCUUAAGGGUCAUCGCUGAGAGGCUCUCGGAGGAAGAAAUUGGUGGUCUGAAGGAACUGUUCAAGAUGAUAGAUACAGACAACAGUGGAACAAUCACCUUUGAAGAGCUUAAAGCUGGCCUGAAGAGAGUCGGAUCUGAACUAAUGGAAUCAGAAAUCAAGUCUCUUAUGGAUGCGGCGGAUAUAGAUAACAGUGGGACGAUAGACUAUGGUGAGUUUCUAGCAGCGACAUUACACAUGAACAAGAUGGAGAGAGAGGAGAAUCUGGUGGUUGCGUUUUCAUACUUUGAUAAAGACGGUAGCGGUUAUAUCACCAUUGAUGAGCUUCAACAAGCCUGCACUGAGUUUGGUCUCUGUGACACUCCUCUUGAUGACAUGAUCAAGGAGAUUGAUCUUGACAACGAUGGGAGGAUUGAUUUCUCAGAAUUUACUGCUAUGAUGAAGAAAGGAGAUGGAGUUGGGAGGAGCAGAACCAUGAUGAAAAACUUGAACUUCAAUAUAGCUGAUGCUUUUGGGGUUGAGGAAACUAGCACUGCUGAAACUGAUGACAAACCAAACUAA